CAUGCGCGCGAUUUCAUUAAAAAUACGGAGGCAUGAUGGCCGCAAUGUUAGCGAAGUGAAGACAAGCUUAUACUGUAUUUACCUUGAGCGAUGGCCACGCAGAAACCGGGCGAAUGGGUGCAGUCACUCAUUGCUCGGUUUGACGCUCAGUUGCCUAUCAAGACAGGAUUACAUACUACACAGUCUGUACAGAACGUCAAACAGAACAAGGAAUGUUUGGUGAACGUCAGCAAGUACAAGUUCUCCCUGGUCAUCAAUGGCCUGACCAAGACACUGCAGUCCGUCUCUCAGAUGAGAAUCUACCACCCAGAGGCGGAGCGGAGUCACUAUGAGUCCCAGCUUAUUAUCCUGGACACUCUCAAGCAGGUGCUCAACUCGCAACCAAAGGACACGUCCCGCCUUGAUGAAGCUAUGUAUGUGAAGCUGCUUCUGCCAGAGAUAUGUAAGUUCUUGAACCAGCAGAGUGACACGCCAGUGAUGAUGCAGCUCAAGAAGUUGGCGUCUGAGGUCCUGUUUGCCCUCAGUCUCAACAACUUCACUGCCGUCUUCAGCCGCAUCUCAGCAAGACUGGUGACUCUGUCGACCUGCAAUGAAGACCCCUCAGAUCUCACUGACCUGGAGCUCAUCCAGCACAUGAACAUGGACCUGGCCAGACUCAGCAAACUGCUCAAUGAAGUUGUGUCAAAGUUCAAGUCCCUCAAGUCGAGACAGGUGCUCAUCACGCUGGGCCAGAACCUGGAGAAGGCGGUGUGGAACUGGAUGGACAACUACCCUCAUGAGUUCACAGACCUGCAGAAGAGGCCCAACGAUGAGCUGCAGGAGUGCUGUGACAAGAUGUUUGAACACUUCAAUGCUCUGACAGAGGGGUCCAAGAGAAGGGUGUCGGUCUGGCCCCUCCAGAUGAUGCUACUCAUUCUCUGUCCGAAAAUCUUGGAGGAGAUAAACAACGCUGACACAGGCGCCCCCUGUUCCCAGCAGCACCUCAGGAAGAAACAUUUUAUAGACGAAGUGAAGCGAGCCAUUGCGUGUCACGGUGGCAACAAGCAGUUCACAGAGGGCGCUGCUGUGACGUGUGUGCGACUAUGUAAAGCUUCCACAUACAUCAGCAUCAAUGAUAGUCUCAACGUCCUCUUCUCUCUAGUGCAGUCUGUCAUUCAGGAUCUCAAGACGCUGCUGUUCAAUCCGCCCUCCAACAGUAAACCGUUCUACAAGGGUCAGGGCAUGUUCGGACAAGACCUUGACCUGUACAUCGACUGCUUCGUGUCCUGUUUCCGCAUCACGCCACACAACAAUGAUGUCCUGAAAGUCUGCCUCAACAGCCACUCGCCUCCCAUGUAUCACUUUGUCCUUGUCAACGCCCUCCAUCGGAUCAUCACACAGCCCCGCCUGGCGUGGUGGCCAGACAUCAGCCUCAACUACGGCAAAGCUGGAGAGCUGAGAAACAUGUUCACCGACAUCGUCAACAAGGUCACACAGGGCUUCAGCAGCCACAACUGCCCCAAGACAAUAACCAGAGUGACCAAGGCUAUCACGCUAACGAGAGCCACAUCAGAUGAGACAUUGACCAGCUACAAGUACAUCCUACUGUGGAUAGUGAAGCUCAUCCAUGCGGAUCCAUAUCUCAUGUUGCAUAAUCAAGGCAAGCCGGGCCAUGAGAUCCAGCGCAGUACCCUGGAGCUGAUCACAAGCCUUGUGUCUCUCGUGCACCAGCAGUGGAUGACAGAUGUUGCACAGAAGGCCAUGGAGGCUUUGCUUUGCCUACAUCAGCCUGAGAACAUUGAGCUGUGGAACCCGGAAGCUCCCAUCAACACCUUCUGGGACAUCAGCUCGCAGGUGUUGUUCUACAUCUCCCAGCGCCUCAUCCAGCACCAGAUCGUCAACUACACAGAGAUCCUCAAGUGGCUUCGGGACAUCCUGGUGUGUCGGAACCGUUUCCUCCAGAAACACAGUGCCAAUGCCAAUGUCGGCAGCAACAUCCCCGUCUGCAUACAAGCCCACAUCAAACUGGAGGUGGUGUUCUUCAUGUACCUGUGGAGUAUCGACAUGGAUGCGGUGUUGACGGCGAUGUCUUGUUUCCGUCUGCUGUGUGAGGAGGCAGACAUCCGGUGCGGCGCUGACGAGAUGGCCGUCACACAACUCCUUCCCAACUACAAUGUCUACGCAGAACUGGCAGCUGCUAGCACCGUCCUUACCACUGGUCGAGCAGCCCUCCAGAAGCGUAUUAUGGCCUUAUUGAGGAAGAUAGACCAGUCGACACCAGGGAACUCUCAGGCCUGGGAGGACACAUUCCGGAACUGGGACAUGGUGACCCGCUACCUGGAGUCCUACCCCAAGGUGAAGUUCGAUGACACUCAGAGGGAAAUUGCAGACAUGAUCAAAAUGAAGAGGAAACCUCCCAACCAUGCCUCCACGGAACAUGAACUGGAGGACCAGCUGAACGAGUGGGCCAACAUGACAGGCUUCCUGUGUGCCCUGGGCAGUGUAAGGCUGCAGAACAAGUCCCACCGCGUCAGCACCAUCAGCAUGUCUGGCAUCAACGUCGACACGGCGCGCAAGUCCAGCCUCAUGCAGAGCUGUGCCAACGACACCCAGUAUUGCCCUGUUACACAGUUUAUCGGGAACCUUCUGAAGCUUCUGAUCUUCCAGAACGAGAAGUUCGGGGCCCAGAUCCAGAAGCAUGUGAAGGAGCUGGUGGGCCACGAGCUAAACCCAGCGCUCUACCCCAUACUGUUUGACCAGAUCAAGGUCUGUGUCGACAAGUACUUCGAUGCCACUGGUCAGGUGAUUGUAACCGACAUGAACACCCAGUUUGUUGAGAAUGUCAUCUUCAUCAUGAAAAACAUCCUGGAGAUGAAGUCUGACCAGCCCUGCGAAUAUCUCGGACUGGCCAGCAUUGAGUCGCUCAUGCUCACCAUUGUCAGAUAUGUGAGACACCUGGACUCAUCAGUCCAUGCCAUACAGAUCAAAACCAAGCUCUGUCAGCUGGUGGAAGCGAUGAUGCAGCGUCGUGAUGAGUUGACCUUCCGACAGGAGAUGAAGUUCAGGAACAAGCUUGUGGAGUACCUGACAGACUGGAUCAUGGGGAACUCUCAUCAGGUCAACAUUCAGGGCGACAUCUGCAGCAUGUCCAGGGACCUGGACCAGGCCAGUAUGGAGGCUGUGGCAGCGCUGCUGGCCGGACUGCCCCUCCAGCCCGAGGAGAGUGACCGGGGCGACCUGAUGGAGGCCAAGUCUCAGCUCUUCCUCAAGUACCUGACGCUGUUCAUGAACCUGCUCAACGACUGCUCUGAAGAGGAGCAGGACAAGGCGAUGGAUCCGAACAGGAAGCGCAGCAUGUCCAAUCUGAGUGCCCUCCGGAACUGUACAGUACAAGCCAUGUCCAACCUCCUCAAUGCCAACAUUGACAGUGGCCUGAUGCACUCCAUAGCUCUGGGCUACCACAAGGACCCUCAGACCAGGGCGGCCUUCAUGGAGGUCCUCACAAAGAUCCUGCAACAAGGCACGGAGUUUGAGACACUGGCAGAGACAGCGUUGGCCGACCGAUUUGAGCGUCUGGUGGAGUUAGUCACGAUGAUUGGAGACAAAGGGGAACUGCCUAUCGCCAUGGCACUAGCGACAGUGGUGUCCAACUCGCAGAUGGAUGAGCUGGCUCGGGUGUUCGUCAACCUGUUUGAUGCCAAGCGGCUGCUGUAUCAGCUCCUGUGGAACAUGUUUUCAAAAGAGGUGGAGAUAGCAGACUGCAUGCAGACACUGUUCCGGGGGAACAGUCUGGCCAGCAAGAUCAUGGCGUACUGUUUCCGCUUCUACGGCCAGGGCUACCUCCGAGAGCUGCUGCAGCCUCUCAUCAUGGACAUGUUCCUAAUGGACAGGGACAACUGCUCGUAUGAGAUCGACCCAGCCAGAUUGGAACCAGGGGAGAACAUUGACGAGAACAAAAAGAACUUGUUGGACAUGACGCUGAAAGUGUUCAGCGCCAUUGUGGGCUCCGCGCAGAGGUUUCCACCUAAACUCCGGAGCAUGUGCCAUUGCCUGUACCAGGUGGUGACCCAGCGUUUCCAACAAAGUAGUGCGGAGGCAGUGUGGACAGUGAUUGGGACAGUAAUAUUCCUACGCUUCAUCAACCCUGCAAUAGUUUCACCGUACGAGUCUGGCAUCGUGGAGGAGGAGCCGACGAUGCGCAUCAAGCGCGGACUGACGCUGAUGUGCAAGAUCAUGCAGAACAUUGCCAACCACCUGCUCUUUACCAAGGAGCAGCAUAUGACGGCCUUCAAUGAAUUCCUCAAGUCCAACUUUGAGGCUGGCAGAAAAUUUUUUACGGAGAUUGCAUCGGACUGCGAGACGCUUGAUGCAGGGAACCACAGUUUGUCUUUCAUCAACGAUGCAAAUGUCAUCGCGUUACAUCGGUUACUGUGGAAUAACCAAGAGAAAAUCGGGGAUUACCUUUCCAGCAGCAGUCUGGAGGUUCACACGGAGAAUUACGUAUGUGAGGCUGGGGACGGCCCGGCUCGCCUGGAUCACAAGGCUGUGGGAAGACGACCAUUUGACAAAAUGGCAACACUGUUGGCGUAUCUGGGCCCCCCAGAGCAUCGGCCCCUAGACUCUCAGUGGAGCAGUAUGGACAUGACAAGCACCAAGUUUGAGGAGAUCAUGUCCAAGCACAACAUGCACGAGAAGGAUGAGUUCAAGUCUCUGAAGAACCAACACAUCUUCUAUCAGGCAGGAACGAGCAAGGGAGGAAAUCCUGUCUUCUACUACAUCGCCAGGAGAUACAAAGUUGGUGAAAUUAAUGGUGAUCUUCUGAUCUACCACGUGUUGCUCACUCUCAAGCCCUUCUACCACAAGCCCUUCGAGCUGGUCAUAGACUUCACCCACACAUGCUCUGAGAACCGAUUCAGGACCGACUUCCUGUCAAAGUGGUUUGUGGUGAUGCCAGAGAACGUGUACCAGAACAUCGUCGCCGCCUACAUCUACAACUGCAACUCCUGGGUACGCGAAUACACCAAGUAUCACGAUCGCAUCCUCGCACCUCUACGCGUCAACUAUAACAACCGGAAGCUUAACUUCAUCGAUCAUCCGGCCAAGUUGAACGAAUACAUCGACCCUGACCAGCAGAAGUUGCCAGGGACAACUGUCUCCCUGGAGGAGGAUCUCAGAGUGUUCAACAAUGCUCUCAAGCUUUCCCAUAAAGACACUAAGGUUGCCAUAAAGGUUGGUCCAAAUGCCAUCCAGGUGACGUCCUCGGAGAAGAGCAGAGUGUUGGGACACCAGGUUCUCCUUAAUGAUGUCUACUAUGCUGCGGAGAUAGAGGAGGUGUGUCUAGUAGACGACAAUCAGUUCACACUGACUAUCGCCAAUGAGAGUGGCCCUUUGUCUUUCAUACACAAUGACUGUGAUAACAUUGUCCAAGCCAUCAUACAUAUCAGGACUCGCUGGGAACUCUCACAGCCGGACACUGUGGCAGUUCAUACAAAGAUCCGCCCUAAGGAUGUGCCCGGAACGCUACUGAACGUGGCUCUCCUGAAUCUGGGCAGCUCGGACCCCAGUCUCCGGUCAGCUGCCUACAACCUGCUGUGUGCUCUCACCCAGACCUUCGACCUGAAGAUAGAAGGUCAACUACUAGAGACCAAUGGUCUGUGUAUUCCUGCCAACAACACCAUCUUCAUCAAGUCCAUCAGUGAGAAGCUGGCGGAGAAGGAGCCGCACCUGACGCUGGAGUUCUUGGAAGAGUGUAUCCAAGGUUUUGGGAACUCCAACAUUGAGAUGAAGCACUUGUGUCUGGAGUACAUCACACCCUGGCUGCCCAACUUGACCAGGUUCUGUAAGCAGUGUGAUGAAAACAAGAGGCAGAAGGUGGCGCUCAUACUUGACAAACUCAUCACCAUGACGAUAGAGGAAGAAGAGAUGUACCCAUCCAUCCAGGCCAAGAUCUGGGGCAACAUCGGUCAGAUCGGGGACCUCCUCGACAUGGUGCUAGACAGCUUUAUCAAGAGAAGUGUCACGGGUGGUUUGGGGUCCAUACAGGCGGAGAUAAUGGCGGACACAGCAGUGGCACUCACCUCUGCCAAUGUCCAGCUGGUGUCUCGGAAGGUCAUCGGUCGCCUCUGCAGGCUGAUAGACAAGACAUGCACGUCACCCACACCUACACUGGAGCAGCAUCUGAUGUGGGACGACAUCGCCAUCCUGGCUCGCUACCUCCUCAUGUUGUCUUUCAAUAACUCACUUGAUGUUGCUAGUCACCUCCCAUUCCUCUUCCACAUCGUUACUCUGCUAGUCUCCACGGGACCGCUGUCGUUGCGGGCGUCCACGCACGGCCUCGUCAUCAACAUCAUCCACUCACUCUGCACAUGUUCACAACUACACUUUGGGGAGAGCCCAAAUUCAGACAAUCGAUCUCUCUCCCCAGAGAGCACCCUCCAGGUACUCAAGCUGAGUCUGGCGGAGUUUUCACUCCCUAAGUUUUACCAGCUGUUUGGGAUCAGCAAAGUUAAGUCUGCGGCCGUCAGUGCCUUCAGGACCAGUUACCGCCCGGGGGAUAGAUCGUUCACCAUGUCUCCGCCCGAGAAUGAGAAGAUGCCUCUAAGUUCUCUCGAGGCCAUCGCCGACGCCUUGCUGGAGAUCAUGGAGGCCUGUAUGAAGGAUAUCCCCAGCUGUGAGUGGUUACAGCAGUGGACAGACCUAGCCAAGAGAUUUGCAUUCCAGUAUAACCCAGCCUUGCAGCCAAGGGCCAUCAUUGUGUUCGGGUGCAUCAGUAAGUCUGUGACUGACUCUGAGGUGAAGCAGCUCCUUAAGAUCAUGAUGAAGGGCCGUCCUCCCUAUUCCUUGACCUUCACCCACACCUGUACUCUGCAAAGUUUCGGCGAGAAGUCGGACUCCCUACAGGACCAAAUGGGCCCCCGACGAACCCAGCCAUCUUGCAUUGAGGCCCUGGAGUCCUACACAGACCUGACGUUGAUCGAGGCUGUCGUCAUGUGUCUCACCAGGCUACAACCCAUGCUGAAGGCGGAGUCCCCAAUCCACAAGUUCCUGUUCUGGGUGGCAAUCUCAGUACUGCAGCUGGAUGAAGUGUCAUUGUACGCGGCGGGACUUGCCCUGCUGGAGCAGAACCUACACACGCUGGACAACAUGGGGCUGUUCGAGAAGAAGUCCCUGGAGAAGAUCAUGAUGGAGACGCGGGAGCCCCUGGAGUGGCACUUCAAGCAGCUGGACCACUACAUGGGCCUCAGCUUCCAGUUCAACUUCAACUUUGCUCUGGUUGGACAUUUACUCAAAGGAUUCCGACAUCCAUCCCCCACGACUGUGUCCCGGACAAUCCGCGUCUUGCAUCAGCUUCUCAGUAUUACAGUGAAACCAAGUGUCAGGGACAAGUUUGAGGUGACCACACAGACUGUGGCAUACCUUGCAGCCUUAGUGUCGGUGUCAGAAGAGGUCCGCAGUCGGUGUCAUCUGAAACAUCGGACAGCCAACUAUAUGAUAUCGGAGUCCCCUUCAACAGAGAGUCUGAAUACUGAGCUGUCCUCUUCCCAGGGGGUGUCCCCCUCUGCUCCCCCUCCCACCACCACUGUAGUCACACCCCCUCAGAAUGCCCCGCCCACGACUGCCUCCACCCCUCUCCCCCGGAGACAAAAGAGCUGUGACCUUCUGGACCAGAAUGCAAUGACGGCAGCGCGUAUGGGGAAGAAUGUGCAGCUCACGCAGAGUCAGGGCAAGAGCGUCAGCCUUGACCUUGAUCAAAAUUCACGGCCGCCGCUGACGAAGUUCCGCAGCAGUUCCAUGCCAACGCCAGGCAGCAACAAGCUGGAGUCCUCCAAAUCAGCCAUCCAGCAGCCGCGCAGUGGGCGGAGCUCCGUGUCCAAUGAGAACAACGUCCUCCUUGAUCCGGACAUCCUCAUGGACUACCCCACACAAGCUCUUGUCCUCACGGUCCUGGCAACACUUGUUCGGAACACGACAGAUGAGAACGAGACUAGAAUAUUGUACGAGUAUCUAGCUGAAGCCUCAGUCGUAUUCCCGAAAGUCUUUCCUGUAAUUCACAGUCUCCUUGACGCAAAGAUAAACAAUGUUCUGUCACUGUGCCACGACCAGGCCAUCCUCAAUGCAGUCCAGAGCAUCAUCCAGAACAUGAUCGCCUGUGAGGAUGCCUCCCAACAGCAGCUGUCCUACCUCCAGAGUAUUGGUUUUGGAGGUUUAUGGAGGUUCGCUGGUACAUUCACAAAGUCCUCGGGCAGCAGUGACACAGCGGAACUAUUUGUGAAUUGUUUAGAAAAGGCAAUGAUGGUUGAAUCGUGUCUCCCUGGUGAUGACCUUGACAUUCUCAAUCCUUACCCAAGCUCUCUGGGAAUAUCCUCCAAUCUGAAUCUGUCUAGUUCCAUGUCAAGUCUCAGUGUGGGGAGCAUGCACUCCCCGACGGACAAGGACAUUGUAGACAAAAACGGCACCAACGGCGGAAGGAUACGCCAUGCCUCUGCAAACAAUCUGCCAACCAAAAAUAGAGCAGGGAGUUUUAAACAGAAAGAAAAGAAAAAAUUAAUGGAACCAAUUGAAUGAGAUGUUGAUAAACACUGAGGUUGACUGUGAUUGGCUGAUGGCCACUGAUGUAUAUGAAGUGUAGUUGUAGACAGGAUAUGUGAGUUGUUCAUUGGUUGAUGGAAGUCAUGUGACAUUAAUCAUGAAUUAUGAUGAGCUUCUGACAGUGAGGUGGGAUGAUUCAGAGGCUGUGAUUGGCCAAAAGCUAGUCAUGUGACUUGUGGACGCUGUGUAAGGUAUCUGAAGGUUGCCGCGACUGCCAUUGUACGCGAACUGUCGGAGGUAGCACGUUACCUGUCGUGGAAAUCCGAUUCUUGGGACCAGAGGGAUGUGGCGAGAGAUCCAUAGCGAUAUUUUAGCUGAAUGAGUUUCGAGAAUAUUUAUGUGGGGAGUGUGUGGAGAGAGUUUUAUGUACAGUUUAUCAAUUUUAUUUUUGAUUGCAGAUCUGUUGCCAUUGCCCAUGUAGAAAGUAGAUCACAGCAACCAACAUAUUCAUAACCUGGACAUAACACAUGUACAUUCAUUGUCAAUCAGCCAUCGGAAACUAUGCUAUCGUAUGUGCUGCUUUACAUCAGUCAGUAAAUGUUAUCUGUUAAACAUUUUUUGGGUUAUUCCUAUAACUUUUACCAAAAAGAGAUUUCAGUUGAGUUUUAAUCAAUUUAAGAUGAACUUUUAUCCAGUCCUUUUAUUAGUCCGAAAAUGGUAUUGAUACAUAUCUCUGUUUUUAAACCAUGGAACAGGAUAGUGAUUGUUCACCUCCUCUCAUAGAUGUCUGUACAGUUAUGAUCUAUUUUAAGAGAUUAACUAUAUUUUGAAAUGAAAGAUAUCUGUGAUAUUUAAACACAAUGCUAAUUCUUCCAGUUUCGAAAUUCUAUAGAAUAUAGGCUAUUGAGGGGGCUCGAAAUCCUGAAACCUACAUCGAUGCUAUGAGAAACAACUAUUGAUACAGGGUUAGACACGGACACUCGUCCGAGACAAAUGAAAAUCCAGAUGCACAAAUUGUUGUCUUUCAAAAACUAGAUAAUUUGCAUUGAACACUUGUCUGAAAUAAGCUGCUUACUGGUUGCAUAUAACAAAUGGCUUCUACCUCUGUGAUGUAUCAACUCUAACACAUGCUGUUCAAAGUCAGAUCCAGAGGGGGGUGUCCAGGGGGUCCGCACUCCCCCCUUUUCUUUUAUGAAAACCAAUAUAGUACAUGUAUGUUGUAAGCAGUAACAUUAUCCGAGAGAGGUUUUUGAUAUUUUGGACCACUCCCUUUUUAAAAUUCUGAUCCGCCCAUGCUGGUGGAAUAAGAAUCCUUUAUGUGCACAAAUUUGAAAGUUAAAUGAACACGUUUUAUUUUUCCCCAAAAAAUAAUUCUAUAAAGACACCUGCUUGUUUUUGAUGUAUUUUAAAGAAAUAAUUAAUGUAGAUUUCAGGAAUUCUGCAUCUGGUGAGUAUCUGAUGCGGAGGCUGGUCUUGCUGGUUUUACUUGGUUUAUUUAUCUAAUCCAAAAGAAUGGGUGUAAAAGAAACUAACUAAAAGUUAACACAAUAUACUUUUUUGAAAUUUUAGGUCAAAAGUAUUGUGAGUUGGAAUAAAUUAAGACAAAGAAACUUAUGGCUUGGAGUGUGAUAUUUAUAUUAAAAAUAUUUCAAAGUGGCAUUAGACCCAACUCACUCACUCACUAAAUGAAAAAUCAUAAGUAACUCCCCUUUCUGUGCAGAUUUCAACAACAAAAAUACUGCUUAAAUUUGGUAACACAAUGGUAAGAAAAUGUGUACUUGUUUGAUUCCAUUUCACAUUUCUGAAGUUUCGAUGGGUAAACCAUGUAAUUAAUACAAGCAAUGCCUUCAGGUGGUGAUACUGUGGGAGUUAUCUUAAUGCAGUGGUGAUCGACACCACUGCUCAAACAGUUACGUUGUUAAUGACUGUUGGAAAUGAAGGUUAUAGAAACAUUUGCUCACCAAGUAAAUAGCAAUAUUAUGACGGAGCAUCUGGUGACCAUAAUCAAAAUAGUUAUUAAAUAGGUAGAUGUGUAAUAUUUUUGUUAACAUUUCUGUAAAAGAGCUCUGUAAUGAAAUGGAGUCCGUUCUGAAUUAUUAGGAGUUAUCAGCAGAGACACUAGCAACUGCCAUGGAUGCAGAGAGCCUGGGUCAUCGUCAGUUUUAAUAUUACAGUCACCAUGGAAACUGUUACUGCCAUUUGUAUGUCUGUGGAACUCCUGUUGUUAUUUGUUAUAGUGUUUACCAUUAUGCUUUUGUUUGCUGCGUUGUGAAAUUAGUGUUAUGCCAUGUGACAGGCCGUGUUAUGUCUGUGGUUCUGUUGAAACAAUGAUAUCAGUGGUAUGGGUGUAUUGUCCAUUUGGCAACUUUGUUGACCAUGGAAAGUCAGUGAGAAGUAAGUACCAGUGUUAUCAGAGUGAGGGCGUUGUGAUAUCAGUGUUGAGACAUGUGAUAUCAGUGUUAAGACACAGUGAUAUCAGUGUUAAGACAUGGUGAUAUCAGAGGACAUGUUGAUAUCAGUGUUAAGACACAGUGAUAUCAGUGUUAAGACAUGGUCAUAUCAGAGGACAUGUUGAUAUCAGUGUUAAGACAUGAAGAUAUCAGUGUUAAGACAUGGUGAUAUCAGUGUUAAGACAUUGUGAUAUCAGUGUUAAGUCAUAGAGAUGUCAGUGUUCAGACAUGGAGAUAUCAGCGUUAAAAACAGUGAUAUCACUGUUUGAUAAGACAUUGUGAUAUCAGUGUUAAGACAGUGAUAUCACUGUUAAGACAUGGUGAUAUCAGUGUCAAAGCAUGUGAUAUCGGUGUAAAGACAUGGUGAUAUCAUUGUUACGACAUGUUGAUAUCAGUUUUAAGACAUGGUGAUAUAUGUGUUAAGACAGUGAUAUCAGUGUUUUAAAAGAUACUGUGAUAUCAGUGUUAUGACAUGAUGAUAUCAGUGUUAAGACAUGAUAGCAGUGUAAAGAAAUGGUGUUACUAUUGAUGGUGAUACAUCAUGUUUAUAUCAUUGUUAUACCAUGUUUAUAUCAUUGUUAUACCGUGGUAAUAUCAGUGUUAUUUCAUGUUGAAAUCAGUGGCGUUUCACGUAUUCAGACAAGCUGUAUCAUGGUGCAACAAAGUUGUUUUAAUAUCUGCAUAAUGCCGUGGUGAGAUCAAUCUUAUACCAUUUUGGUUUCCAUAUAUACCAUGUUUUAAACCUCAAAUUGGAUGGCUCAAAAGCAUUAAGUCAGAUGUUAUGGAUACAUAUAUCACGUGUAAGUACAUACUUUUUCAAAUACUGUUAGGGGAAGUUACAAACAAACAGGACAGAUGAGACCAACAUAUUAGCAUGGUAAUUGCAUUUGUGUUCAAUAUCAAUAUGUAAAUGUCAAAAUGUAAUAGAGAAAGGAGAGUCGUAGAUGCAUGGUUUGCUACAUUAAUGUUGAUAUCUUUUGGAAAAAAACAUGCAGGCUAUUUGUUUCAUCUGAAAGAUAACAGUUGGUAAUAAGCCAGGGACAGGGAUUCCCAGCUAAGUGCCCUUGCCAGGAAAUUUUCAAAUAAAAUAUUGUUACUUUGCUCAAA